AUGGGUAAUGUGAUGGAGGGAAAGUCAGUAGAGGAGCUGAGUAGCACGGAGUGCCACCAGUGGUACAAGAAGUUCAUGACGGAGUGUCCCUCUGGCCAGCUCACGCUCUAUGAGUUCCGCCAGUUCUUUGGCCUCAAGAACCUGAACCCAUGGGCCAGCCAGUACGUGGAACAGAUGUUUGAGACUUUUGACUUCAACAAAGAUGGCUAUAUUGACUUCAUGGAAUACGUGGCGGCGCUCAGCCUGGUGCUCAAGGGGAAGGUGGAACAGAAGUUGCGCUGGUACUUCAAGCUCUACGACGUGGAUGGCAAUGGUUGCAUAGACCGCGACGAGCUGCUCACCAUUAUCCGGGCCAUCCGAGCCAUCAACCCCUGCAAUGACUCCACCAUGACGGCAGAGGAGUUCACCGACACCGUGUUCACCAGGAUUGACAUCAAUGGCGAUGGGGAGCUCAGCCUGGAAGAGUUCAUGGAGGGUGUCCAGAAGGACCAGAUGCUCCUGGAUACGCUGACACGCAGCCUGGACCUCACCCGCAUCGUGCGCAGGCUCCAGAGUGGGGAGCAGGACCAGGAGGGGGCCGGUGGAGGGACAGGGGAGACCGCAGGGUGAGCACUGCGCCCAGCUGCUU